AUGGAUUCCCUGGUCAAUGGGAACCACACUGCAGUGACAGAGUUCAUUCUAUUGGGCUUAACUGAUGAUUCAGUCCUUUGUGUCUUCCUCUUUGUGAUCAUCCUGUGCAUCUACCUGGUGACCAUCUGUGGCAAUCUCAGCACGAUCAUUCUCAUCAGAGUCUCUUCUCAGCUCCAUCAUCCCAUGUACUUUUUUCUGAGCCAUUUAGCUUUUGCUGACAUAGGCUUUUCAUCUUCUGUCACACCCAAUAUGCUUGUAAACUUCCUGGUGGAGAGAAACGCCAUCUCCUACCUUGGAUGUGCCACCCAGCUUGGUUCAGUUGUUUUCUUUGGGACAGUGGAGUGCUUCCUUCUGGCUGUCAUGGCCUAUGAUCGCUUUGUGGCAAUCUGCAACCCACUGCUUUACUCCACCAAAAUGUCCACACAAGUCUUUCUCCAGUUACUUGUAGUGGCUUAUACAGGGGGUUUCCUCAAUGCUUCCAUCUUUUCCCUUUCCUUCUUUUCUUUACUCUUCUGUGGGCCAAAUGGUGUCAAUCAUUUCUUCUGUGAUUUUGCUCCUUUAGUUGAGCUCUCCUGCUCUGAUGUCAGCAUCAUUGCAUUUGUUUCCUCAUUUUCUGCUGGCUCCAUCAUCGUGGUCACAGCAUUUGUCAUUGCCAUCUCCUACAUCUACAUCCUCAUCACCAUCCUGAGGAUGAGCUCUACAGAGGGGCGCCACAAGGCCUUCUCCACCUGCACCUCCCACCUCACUGCAGUCACUCUUUACUAUGGAACAAUUACCUUCAUUUAUGUGAUGCCCAAGUCCAGCUACUCCACGGAUCAGAACAAAGUGGUGUCUGUAUUCUACACGGUGGUGAUCCCCAUGCUGAAUCCCCUCAUCUAUAGUCUCAGGAACCAGGAGAUAAAGGGGACUCUGAAGAGAGUGCUGGGCAGGAAAAUAUUUUCUUGGUGA